AUGAUUGAUGUUUUUGCUGAGUCAGUGGGGAUUGAGAUGAAUCUGGUAAAUUUCAAGGCUAUAAUGGGACAAGGUUUCGUGGGUGAUAUCCCCGUUAUCCUUGCAAAGCCGCAAACCUACAUGAACUUGAGCGGUGAAUCAAUGUAUCUGAAUGAUACACGAGGCUUAGAGACCGAUACACUAAGGUCAUGGUUUCUCUGCGUGCUUGAAAGACAUAGUGGACCUCUUGCGGCUUAUUACAAGUUACCUCUCAAUCGUGUGCUUGUGGCGCAUGAUGACACGCAACUGCCGUGUGAUGUUCUUCGUCUUCAAGAAAAAGGAGGCCAUGGAUGUCACAACGGGUUAAAAAGCGUAAUGCACCAUUUCCAAGGCAACAAGGAAUUUGCAAGGCUACGAAUAGAUAUUCUUAUUACUAUUAUACAACAAUGGUCAGGAAUCGGGAAGCCUCCGGGACAAAUGGACCCAAAGGCAUUCUUAUUGCAGAAAUUCAGCAUGCCAACUCGUGAGCAGAUGGAUGGAGCUUUAGCAGAAGGGGUGGAUGCUUUGAAGCUGGUCUUGUCUAAAGACUUUGGAGAAAGCUGGAGAUUGUUCAAUGUGGAACCGAAGUACAAACACUUAAGACAACACACAGUUUUGGCAGCUUGA